GAACAAAAACUGACUAAAAAAAUUCCAUCCAACCUUUUAGUGAGAUGUCAGACAGAAGGAAACAAACAGAUAAGGAUGCAGAACUAUAUAAAGGGAGAAGUUACUGGGAAAGUUCAUUCUUCACAGAGAAUGCUUAUUCUGCUUAUUCACUUAAUUCACAGAAAUGAUUCUGAUUUCUCUCUGCACCUACGUUCUUUCCAUUAUAUCCUUUUCAUCCGUUCCACUGGUAACACAGCCGAUUGAUCACGCACAAAUGGAAUCCUUCCUCGUCCCUGUCUACCAGCAUUGGGAUGAUGAAUUGUCUCAGUAUCACAUAUGUGAGCAAUGCCCUCCUGGUACCUACAGAAAGAAGCACUGCAAUGCAGAAAAGAGGACAGAAUGUGCACUUUGUCCUGAUUCACAUUAUACAGAAUAUUGGAAUUACUUGGAUGAAUGCCAGUAUUGCAAUGUGUUUUGCAAAGAAUAUCAAUAUGUUAAAAAUGAAUGCAACAGCACUCACAACCGUGUCUGUGAAUGUGUUGAAGGUCACUACUUUGAAUUUGAGUUUUGUCUAAAGCACUAUAAAUGCCCACCAGGAUUUGGUGUAAAGAGGCUUGGAACUCCAUAUGUCAAUACAGAGUGCAUGAAGUGUCCAAGGGGCUUUUUCUCAAUUAAUAGCUCUGCCAGCCAAUCCUGUCAAAAGCACACAAAUUGCACUGCACUUGGCUUGAAACAGGUUCUCCGAGGAAAUGCAUUUCAAGAUAAUGUGUGUGAGCCAUGUCGGAGCAGUGAAGCAUCAAACUCAGGAUGUUCUGACCCAUUUUCAAAGAAAGAAAUUGCACUCUGUGAUCAGGCAGUCUUUAAAUUUAUUGCUCGUCAGAAACUGACACUGAAGCAGUUGAGAGUGCUGUUGGCUAAUCUACCUGGGAAGAAGAUAAGUACACAACAUCUGCAAGGUGCUAGGUGGACGAAUACAGGCCAGGUUCAAACCUUCCGACUUCUGAAACAUUGGAAAAUUGCGAACCUUCGCUUGGAUACUGUGGAGGCUCUACUACAUGGCCUGAAAGAAGCCAACAUUCAUGAUGUGUACACAAAGCUGCUGCACAGGCUUUGAAUAAAUAUGUGAUAGUAUAGGAGAGAAGAAAUAGGAAGUGACAGCACAGCAUCAAAGUUGGCAUCAGCAAUCUUACUGUUAAUCAUUAUUUGCUAACAGUGAUACAAAAUGGUAUUUAUACUAUUACAAAAAGCAUUCUACAUUAAGUGUACAUGUAGGAAUUAAAACUGAGUAUUUUAGAACUUUUAUAUGUGCAUACCUUUGGUUGAUAUUAUUUCAGCCAUAACAAUAAGGAGCAAAAUUAAUCAUCAAAUGAAAAGUCACUACAAAUCCCUCAGAUAUACUAAAUUAAAACUGAGUAGACACACAUUGUCAUGGAGACAAUUCUUUUAUCAAUUGUUAUAUGACUAUUUCUUAUGCCAGACCAGGUGACACAUGUUCAGAUUUGUUGAUCAAUCAAUCUCUGGAUCUGAUGUCUAAACACUCAAUGUAAACAUUUUCUGCCAUGUAACAUCUGAUAAGAUAAAGCUGAUAUUGAACCUGACAAGACGUGAUUCCCAUUGCACAU